UAAAUCGAAAUGGGGACAUACGUUGCACUGGUUUUUCUGGUCACGCUGGCCUGUGCCGCAAUGGCUCAAGCCAGGGUCAUUACUUUCACAUCCACAGGGCGGCCGUCACGCUUCGCUUCAGGGAUUUCACGGCGUGCUGACGUUCCUGAUCUUAUUUCUACUCCGCGUCCGCAUGACCUUCUUAAACCAGAAGAAUUGCCGGCGACUUGGGACUGGCGCAACAUCAGUGGGCCGAACAAUGGUGUGCGCAACUUCCUGAGCAUUGUGCGCAAUCAACACAUACCUGAGUAUUGCGGUUCUUGCUGGGCCCAUGCGGCGAGUAGUUCUUUGGCAGACCGGAUGAACAUCAAGCAAAAGGGUGCAUGGCCCGGCGUCUUCCUUUCAGUCCAGAACAUCAUUGAUUGCGGUCAUGCUGGUAGCUGUAACGGCGGCGACGACCGAAUGGUGUACGUCUAUGCCAACAAGCACGGUAUCCCUCCGGACACCUGCAACCUCUACGUCGCCCAUAACCAGCAGUGCCAUGACAAGGAGCAAUGCUACACCUGCUGGCCAGACGAAGGCUGCAUCCCCGUGUACGAAUACAAGCGCCUCACGGUGUCGGAGUAUGGCAGGUUGAAGGGCGCCCACCAGAUGAAGGCGGAGAUUUUCCGACGGGGUCCCAUUAGCUGUGGUGUGGACGCGACUGACAACAUGGACAGCUAUACGGGUGGGGUUUAUGCGGAGUACAAGGAGAAGUCGCAAAUCAACCACGUGGUAAGCGUCGUGGGCUGGAGCGUCGACGAGGACGGUGUCGAGUACUGGAUCGUGCGCAACAGUUGGGGCGAGCCUUGGGGCGAGGCAGGCUUCAUGAAGCUGGUCACAUCAGCCUACAAGGGCGGUAAUGGCGAGCUAUAUAACUUGGGGAUUGAGACGGAGUGCGCCUUUGGCGUUCCAGAGAGCUGGGUGCCCGCAAAGGAUUUGGGCUUCGGUCCCCUUCACGACGACCUCGCGAGCAACAUUCGCGCGAAGGAUCCCAAGACGAUGGGCAACCGGAAGAUAUUGCCAGGGAUGACGCUCCUUAUUGAGGACAAGUGAACGGCAAAGUACAGAUAGAAUGUGAUUAUUUAUUGAUUUUUUCUAUGCCAUAUGUAAUAUGGAAUGCGCUGGCAAGCUGUGAUUUCACGCUGCGUGAAAUUGCAAAAUGUCGCGAGCGGAGUGCAGAUCAUGCUGUGCGCAGCAGUCAGCGUGGUGUUUUUUUCGUAUUUACGUGGGGAAGCUCCACGAGCUCCGAAUACUCUUUUGUUUGCGUGAACUUGUGCGGAGUGCUCUUUUUCAAUUGUAUACUCAUCACCCUCUGUAUUAUCCUCUUACAUCACGUUGCUCUUUCCGUCGCGCCUUUGUGCAUCUAUUAGGACGAAACUAUUCUUGUAUGUACAAGUGUUUACUUUGCGAUAUAUAAGCUGCAGUGCUAUUGCGGCUAGCGGCUAAGUGUUAUGAGGAGAGUUGAGCGUACGAGCUACAGAUAACGGUACAGGACGUCUCCAAAGUGUAGCGCUUGGCUAUCGGUUAAAUAGUUCAGUUCUUGUAAUGCUUCUACUGUCC